CGCCGGAUGGCCGGGUCGGAGGUCGCGCCGCUCCGCGUCUCCGCCUUUCCGGCGCCGGGCAAGCAGCACGGUGGCGCGCCGCCGAGGCUGGCGGGCCGCGCGCGCGACGUGCUCGUGUUCGCGGCCGGCGUGGCCGCGGCCGUGCUCGCGCUCCUGGGCUCGGCGUCGGUCCUCGGCGCGCCCGGGAGCAGGCUGGUGGCCUUCCCCGUCCCCGGGCCGGAGGACGGGCCGCGCACGUUCUACGAAGACCCGGAGCUCUCGUACGACGCCGUCGACGGCCGCCGCCUCACCGGGUGGGACGCCAAGCGCGCCGAGUGGCUGCGGUCGCGCGGGCUCGGCCGGCGGCCUGCACCGGAGCGCGUGGUGAUGGUGUCCGGGUCGCAGCCGGAGCCGUGCCCCGGCGACGCCGGCGACCACCUCAUGCUGCGGUUCCUCAAGAACAAGCUCGACUACUGCCGCCUCCACGGGAUCAAGCUCCUGUACAAUAGAGAUUUCCUGCAGCCAGCCAUGACGAGCUACUGGGCAAAGAUCCCCAUCGUGCGCGCCGCCAUGCUCGCCCACCCGGAGGCGGAGUGGGUGUGGUGGGUGGACUCCGACGCCGUCUUCACCGACAUGGACUUCUCCCUCCCGCUCGCCACCAAGUACGCCGGCCGCAACUUCGUCGCCUACGGCUGGCCCGACAAGAUCGAGAGGAAGUCAUGGCUGGGCAUCAACAAUGGCGUCUUCCUCCUCCGCAACUGCCAGUGGUCGCUCGAUUUGUUGGACGAGUGGGCGCGCAUGGGACCCGCCUUCCCGGAGCACGGCCAGUGGGCCAAGGUCGUCCUGAGCUCGCUCGCUGACAAGGGCAACAGCACAUGGUUCGACGACCAGUCGGCGCUCGUGUACCUGCUGCUCUACAACUGGGAGAGGCUGGGGAAGAAGGCCUUCAUCGAGACCGACUACUUUCUCAUGGCCUACUGGCUGGACGUCGUGGACCGGCUCGACGGGGUCACGGCGCGGUACGAGGCCGUCGAGCGUCGGAUGCCUUGGCUCCGGCGGAGGCACGCGGAGCGGGAGCACAUGCGGUACGCGGCGGCGCGGAACGCGGCGGUGAGCGGCGCCGUGCCGGGCCCGGCGGGCGGCGGGUACAAGGGGUGGCGGCGGCCGCUCAUCACGCACUUCGUGGGCUGCCAGCCCUGCAACGGCGAGCGGAACCCGAUGUACUCGAGAGAGAGCUGCGACGACGGGAUGCGACGCGCGCUGGGGUUCGCCGACGACCAGGUGCUCCGCGCGUACGGGUUCCGGCACGCCGCGCCGCUCAACGACAGCGUGCGCCCGCUGCCGUUCGACUACCCCGCGCGUAACAAUUGACGCGAAGGAAUUGGGCCAAUGUGGGCCUUAAUUGUAUCCUGUAUCUAGCUAUUAUCUGGAGUCCGGAGAUGAUGGGUGGGGGAUGCUAAUACUUGCAAGACUCUAAUGAUAAAAUUAAUUCUAACAAUCCUAGCAUCCAGGAAAGUGGUAAGGGCAUAUGCUUGGCUCAGCUCCCAGCCAGAGCACGAUGCCACAGGAUGCGGUGAGAGGGCCUGUUUGGUUCCCGGCUGCAGCUAGCCACGCCGUGCAU